AUGGACAACGCUCUAAAAGCAGAAUGCGAACGCAUCCUCAGCGAUCCCACCGUUCUCGACGAAGAGCAAACAGAUCAGAUAUCCGGCAUCAUCGAAAAACACUACGCGCAAAAAGGACAGCUUCUCACCGCUGCAGAUCUUGACGCGCUCGUCCUGGAUACAUUAUGGCGUCACCGCGAGGGCUCCAGUGGCGCGAAAUCGUCGUCGUCCGCGUUCGGCAAGGCCGCGGGCGGCGGCGGCGGCGGCGGUGGUGGUGCAGGGGGCACGAUCAGGAAGAAAGUUAUAAGGCAUAAAUUUCCUUCACCGAUUGCGGUCGUCAGGCCGCCGGCGGUCGGAUAUUCUGCCGCCGUGAUGAGCGCGACCGACACCGGCUCCUCGCUUCCGUCUACGCGCUCGACCUCGCCCGAGUCCAUCUUUGGCAGCACCGGCAGCGCGGUGCAUUUCGCCGGCAGCGGCUACAGCUACACUGGCGGCGGCUUCAGCAGCGUGAUGGAGAACAGCGCCUCGCCGAACUCGUACGAGCCCAGUUUUAGCCAGGACGAGCAGGUGGGUAGCAGCACGCCCGAGAGUCAGGCGAAUGCGGUGCUGGCGGAUUUGACGAGCGAGUUGGGCGGGUUUGAUCCGUUCGGACGGAGUGCGGGCGCCAGCGGCGUGGGUGAUGACGAUGACGAUUAUUUGUAUCGUCCGCUUACACAGGCGCAGAAGCAGCAGCUUCAGCAGGAGCAGAAACAGCCUGAUCAACAACAACAGCAGUACUCAUACCAGUACACCGACUACGGCGACAAUUCACCGUUUGAGAACUAUGAAUCAUCGCACGCGGUAGUGGACCCCGCAAGUCUGAUGCCAAUCGCCCCUUCAACCGGCUCGUCCGCGUCCUCGCCCUCGACAGUAGCCUCAUCAUUCACAGCCCUGGCUGCCGCGAACGGCGCGGUUUACUCCCCUGCCGGAAGCCACACGCCGCUCACCUCGAGCACGCCCACGCUUUCCGCGUCCACCCCGACCGCGCUAGCCGACGACGUUUCCUCGCCGUUCGAGCACAUCCGCGCCGCGCUGAUGCUUCCUGCGGCGGCGAAUCUGCCGGACUCGGCGAUCGUGGCGUCGCUUGAUCGGAAUGGGUAUGAUAUCACGGUGACGCUUAACGAGUUGUAUGAUAAGCUGUCGGGGAGGGUGUCGUCUGUCGCGCAGAACGUCAAGGUGCAGACUAUCGGGCCGGCGUAUAGCAUGCCUGUGUCUAGUACUUCUGGAAAGGAUCAGGCUAAGAUCCCCACCGUCUGCCGAUACUUCCUCACCACCGGCCAAUGCGCCCGCCAAGACUGCAGAUUCGUCCACGACCUAUCAGCAACCGUCUGCCGCUACUGGCUCCAAAACUCCUGUCUCGCCGGCAGCACCUGCGUCUUCUUACACUCGAUUCCGCCCGAGCUGCUCGCGCGCCUCGAAAGCCGGGCGCAGGGCGCGGCCACGAUUCUUCCCGGCGCGCCGUCGCCGCGGCAGGCGUCCUCGUCGUCCUUGUCGGGCGGCGGCGGACGUAAGAAUAUCACGCUGGCGGACGAGAAUGAGUUCCCUGCGUUGCCUACAGAGGCGAUGGCUACGCCUACGCGGAAAGCGUCGGCAGGGAAACAGCAGCAUCAUGCGGCGAACCACAGCAAUAGUAAUAGCAACAGCGCGUUGCCGUCGAUGAAGGCGACGAUGGAGGACUUUCCGGGGUCGAUUCCGAUCAAGUAUAAGCCUUUGAAAGGGUCCCGCAAGCACCGCGGGGUGUCGAAUGGGUCUAAGGAAGGGCAGGGCAAGGCUGCGGGAUGA